GUCUAGACUGGGUCACACCAGGAGACCCUGUCUUAAAAAAAAAAAAAAUUAAAAAUCUUAAAGGUGUUGGGAUGUGGCUUGCUAGCUCAAAGAAGGCCCUGAGUUUGGCCCCCAGCAUUGCAUAAAUUGGACAUGGUGGCUCAAAACCUGCAAUCCCAGCAGUAGGGAGGCAGAGGUCAUGAGACCAGAGGUCAAAGGUUAUCAGCACACCAAGCUCAAGGACAUCCUGGCUACCUAUUUUAUGACUUCAGUAAGUGUUAGCCUCUAAGCCAUCAUGGCCACCAGCCCUACAACCACUGUGUUGAUUGCCCCAAAGACCGUACUGUUACGUCUCCAGGAAACAGCCACCCACCUUCCGUGAACAUACUGAUAGCAGCCUUGUCCUGCCCCCCAGUUCUCUCACCUUGGGGCCACACUGUUGUAGGAUCCUUACUCCCAGCUUCCCUUUUCUACCCCAGGGCCUUGCGGCACGUACUUCCGCUGUCGGAACAGCAGAUGUGUGCCCCGGAGCCUUCUAUGUGAUGACUGGGACAUGGACAACUGUGGUGACGGCAGUGACCAGGACUCCCGUCCCCCGGCCAGCUGCAGAGGUCCCUCUCUGGUACCCAAGGAGACCUGGACAAUGGAAGAUGACGGUUCCAAGCCUCUGACUCUCCUUGCGGCUCUUGGGUCCACAGCUGAGAGGGCCUCUCCAGCAGGGCUGGCGCCUAUCACACAAGAAGUGCUGGAAGGUCCCUGGCUCUGGUGGGUGGCUCUGGUCUCCUCGAUACUGCUGACCUGCACUGGCCUCCUCUGGUGCUGCUGCUGCCUGGGUUGGCUGGCCUGGCACCAAAGUGUCCACAGGCUUCGCCUCAGAUGCUGUGCAGCCUGCAAUGUUUGUCACCUAUGUCCUGGCAGGGUGGCUCCUGGGGGUCUGUGGCUGAGCUGGCCGACCUUCCAGAACCAGGGAGGUCAUCGUUAGGGGUCUGUAGUUAUCAGCUGAGUAGG